GAGACGGAGGAGUAAUGAAUAUUGUAGCUAAACGAGGAGGGUGGAGGUCCGGCCCUCCGGGGCCUCUUAAAUGUUUUGCUUAGGAAAGGAUGAAACGCACGUGCAUGGAAGUAAGCGACUCGGCGUAUAUUGAAGGACGAGCAAGUGGCUCCCACUUGUGUCCAGAUCGCCACAAUAUCCUGCUCUUACCGUGACUAUGUGGUUUCUCUCUCUCUCUCUCCCUCCCUCUUCAAUUAUCUUCACACACACAACACUCUUGUGCUUACUAUUAUUACACACACACAAACAUUUCUAUGUAACUCUCAACUCUAACACACAAUUGAUGUACUUGAAUUAGCUUCAAUACCCACGUUACAAUAUGUCUUCUCUUACACUCCCCAAUUCCUACACAACUUUCCAACAAUCACCACAACAUUUAUCAAAAAAGACAGUGUAUGAUUGUGCAAUAUGGGGAAGGGAUUUGUGUUUGAGAAAUGGAGGUUCAGUUUCACCUGGGUGUGUGAGAAACAAGGGUUACUUUAGGGUUCAUGCCAUGAGCACCUCUUCGUCUUCUUCUUCAGCGUUGAAGAUGAAUUUGAAUGAGUAUAUGGUGACGCUUGAGAAGCCGCUUGGUAUUAGGUUUGCUCUUUCUGUUGAUGGCAGUGUUUUUGUUCAUUCUCUUAAAAAGGGGGGUAAUGCAGAGAAGUCGAGAAUAAUUAUGGUAGGUGAUACUGUGAAGAAAGCAAGCGAAUCAAGUGGUGGAAAAUUGAUUGAGAUUAAAGACUUCGGUGAUGCAGGGAAUCUAACAAAAGAGAAAUCUGGAUCUUGUAGUCUUGUCCUCGAGAGACCCUUUUCCCCUUUUCCGAUCCACCACUUGCAUCCACUGAAUGAUCUUGAUCUAUUAUUCAAUAAAGGCCAUGUUCCAGUUACAACUUGGAACAAAAAAAUAAUGGCAUCAAACUUGAGAGCAUCUGCAGACACUUCUGGAAAUUCUGGGUUUGUCGUUUUCAACUCAAAGUUCUUGAAUUCCAAAGGAUGGAAUUGUUUGAAUGCUGAAACUGGACAGGCUCAGUCAAAAUUACAGAAUAGCACCCAUGUUGAACCAAUAAGUCAACUUGUAACUAUGUUCUCUGAUGAGGAAUCUGGAGACAUUGAGUGGGCACAUGGGAACUUCCCAUUGGAAGAAUACAUUGAGGCAUUGGAUCGUUCGAAGGGAGACCUAUAUUACAAUCAUUCUCUUGGUAUGCGCUAUAGUAAGAUCACAGAGCAGAUAUAUGUUGGGUCAUGCAUACAAAAUGAGAAUGAUGUUGAAACUUUGUCAGGAGUUGUGGGAGUUACAGCUGUGCUAAAUUUCCAGAGUGUCACUGAAGCACAGAAUUGGGGAAUUAAUUCAAAAUUGAUCAAUGAAUCAUGUCAACAGUCUAAUAUACUUAUGAUCAACUAUCCGAUAAGGGAGGUAAAUUCAUUUGACAUGAGAAAGAAGCUGCCAUUUUGUGUGGGUCUUCUUUUACGUUUACUGAAGAAGAAUCAUCGUGUGUAUGUGACUUGCACUACUGGUUUUGAUCGCUCUCCAGCCUGCGUAAUCGCGUACCUUCACUGGAUGACGGAUACCUCUCUUCAUGCAGCAUAUAGUUUUGUUACUGGGUUACAUACAUGCAGACCUGAUAGACCAGCGAUUGCCUGGGCAACUUGGGAUCUUAUUGCAAUGGUGGAAGACGGGAAACAUGAUGGACCUCCAACCCAUGCUGUAACCUUUGUGUGGAUUGGACACGAGGGGGAAGAUGUAUCCUUGGUUGGUGAUUUUACUGGAAAUUGGAAGGAGCCAAUCAAAGCAAUACACAAAGGUGGCCCAAGAUUUGAAGCUGAAGUCAGACUUUCACAGGGGAUGUACUACUAUAAGUUCAUAAUUGGUGGGCAGUGGAGACAUUCCACAGCCUCACCUACUGAAAGAGAUGAGCGAGGAAAUCUGAACAAUAUAAUAGUAGUUGGUGAUAUUGCCAGUGUAAGACCAACUUCUCGACAGGAAAAGAAGGAUGCAAAUGUUGUGAAAGUGAUUGAAAGGACGCUGACGGAGAACGAGCGCUUUAUGCUGGCAAAAGCAGCUCGAUGUGUUGCAUUUUCAGUUUGUCCAAUCAAGCUAGCCCCAAAGUGAGAUUACAUACUCUUCCAGAAGGAUUUGAAGGAUUUCUAAGAAGGGUUAUAUGCUCAAGGUUUUCGAAGAAGGUUCUGAAGAUUCCUCUUAGAAAUGUUAUGACAGAAAUUGAUGAGUUUUUAUUCAUUUCAGAAUAAGUCAAGGGUUAAAUUGAUUGAAAGUUCUCAAGGGUGCUUUUCUCCAGCUCUUUGCGAUAGACAGGCGGAGUUGUCUCUCCCACAAAUAAGAGUAAGUUGGUUAAAUAGACUUUAUUAGGAUAUACAGUACAUGUAAUAUUAGCAUAACUUGAUCUAAUAUGGUUAACAAUUAUAUUGUCUGAUUCUGCUGCCAUGUUGUGCAAUAGGCAACAUAUUAGCUAGAUGAUGGAUGUAUUAGCAGCAGAAAUUUUAAGAAAUAAUCUAGCUGGCAGUCCAGUAUUUCAAUCUCGGAACGGUUAUGAACCAUUUACCCUGGUUGUGUAAUCUAUUGGACUAACUGUCACUGUUCAAUGCCUGGACCGUGUUUUUGUUAUUUUUUUGUACGAAUAUCAUAAUCUAAUUAUGAGAUAUAAGAGCUGAAUUUUACUA